CUGUUAUUACUAUCGUUUGUUUACGUGAACAAAAUUCUAAUUCCUUUGAACUAGUUCGUUCCGGCACCACCCAACUCUGGUGGACAAUUAGUUAUAAACUUCGCGCUUUGGGAGGCAGAUGAAUGGAUAUUUUCUGCAAAACUUUCUAUUUAAAUCGUAAAUUUUUUUAACUAGGAUCUUAAAAAUACAUUUUUAAAACAUUUCAAAUAUGCCUUUGGAACUCCGAUAAAUAAAGAAAAACCAAAAAGGAACUUCAUUUCGUGUUGUCUAUGCAGUGUCCUGUGAGAGGUAGAGUUUCAUACGACUGAUACUAUUUAUAGAUCAAAAGGAUACCUUAAAAUUUCAACAGCAUCCUUAUUGAAGUAAGAAGAUGCAUCGUUACAAAGUCCAUGCAAUGGUGGGAGAGGGCUCCUUUGGCCAUGUUUACAAAGCGCUGCGCAAGGACGACAAUCAAAUUGUGGCCAUUAAGGUUAUAUCAAAGAGAGGUCGCACCAGCCGUGAUUUGAAAACCCUGAGACGUGAAUGCGAAAUCCAGGCCCAUCUGAAACAUCCCAAUGUCAUUGAGAUGUUGGAAUCGUUUGAAACCAAACAUGAUUUGAUUGUGGUCACUGAAUUUGCCACCAUUGAUUUACAUCGUUAUAUGGAACGUAAUGGUUAUUUGCGUGAAGAUAAAGGACAACGUUUAAUCUGUGAUUUGGUAUCGGCCCUUUAUUACCUGCAUUCAAAUCGUAUACUGCAUCGUGAUUUGAAACCACAAAAUGUUUUGCUUGAUGAGGAACUGCGAGCAAAGUUAUGUGAUUUUGGUUUAGCCCGUAAUAUGACUAUGAGUACACAUAUGUUGACAUCCAUAAAGGGUACACCAUUGUAUAUGGCUCCCGAAUUGCUCGAAGAGAAACCGUAUGAUCAUCAAGCGGAUAUAUGGUCUUUAGGAUGCAUUUCAUAUGAAUGUCUGGUGGGUCAUCCACCAUUUAGUACAACAUCAAUUCUCCACUUGAUAAAAAUCAUUAAAAAGAAUGAGGUAUCCUAUCCAGGAUAUUUGAGCCGAGACAGUCGUUCAUUUUUACAGGCCCUUUUGGAAAAGGAACCAACAAUGCGUGCCAGUUGGGCCCAUAUUCUAUGUCAUCCCUUUGUUGAGGGUAAACUGUAUAUUAAGGCUGGUGUUAAAUCGGAGAACUCACCUUUUGUAAAUCCACAAAGUGGGAAAGCUAAACUAACCAAGUCCAGCAGCCAAACGAAGGAAAACAAUCUCAACAUUUCCAAAGUGACUCAUAAAUUAUGUUCCACAAAAUUGGAUGAAUCUCAAGACAAUAUGACUUGUUCACGUGACAGUAUUAAUGCCAUACCGCCCAGUGAUGUGGAGGUACUUGAAACAGAUGUUGAAGAUAAUAUAAUUGUACCAUUUGCCAAUGAAUCAUUUCAAGCGGAUAAAUUGAUGUCUAAGAAUUUGGUAAAUGAAAAAUCAAUACCACGACCAAAUGUUUUAGGUGGAGAUAUGUUUCAAAUACCAGGAGUACAUAUGCCAAUAAUAAACUCGCAAACUUGUUUUGUUAAUGGCAAUAACAAUAUGAUCCUAAAUAAUUUAGAAGAUAAUUUUACUCUAAACAAUACAUUGAUGAAUGAUGAGUUAAAUAAUGGAUAUAAUGACAAUAGUAAUAUGGUUAUCAAUACGCUGCAAGAAAAUUUAGAUGCAAAUGAUGCGGACAAUUUUAGCAAUGAUAAUUACAAUAGCAGCGUACAGGAAGCAAAUAAUACAACAUUGAAAAUUGCUCAAACAAAUGAUGGACAACAUUUGGAAAAUCAUUGUUUUAGAGAAAAUACACAUCGCAUAAACAAUGACGGUUCAUCGGAGUUAUCAAAUGAAAAGGGAUUACGACAAGAAUCCACCGAAAAGCUGAAACGUUCUAAACGAGGUGAUCAAGAGAAUUCCCAGGAUAAUGAACAUAAAUCGAAUUCGGUUAAGACAUCCAUUCAAUCGUUGGAAGGAAAACAUAAUACACAAAAUUCUCCACCCUGCCUAAUGCCCGGUUGGGAUUCAUGUGAUGAAUCUCAAAGUCCACCCAUGGAAAGUGAUGAGUGGUUGGCAUUUUUACAGCGCACAAUACGGGAAGUUUUGUAUGGUGAAUUGGAUUCAUUGAGACAAAAGAACUUGGUCAGUAUUAUUGUGGCUCCAUUGCGCAAUACCAAAGCCAUACCGAAAGUAAUCGAAAGCGUGGCUCAAUUGUUGUCUUUGCCGUUCGUUCUAAACGAGCCACUCAGUAUUAUGGAGUCCAUCAAUAAGGUUUACAUUGACUGCAAGAUUGUUCCUAAUUUAAUGUAUGCCUCAAAAUUACUUAUCUACGAACGUUUGGCCAAUGACUCGCUCACAUCCUCGCCACCACGACAAAUACGCACUGUGGAUUGUAUGCGUGAAGAAGAAAUCAAAUGUAUUUCCCGUCUCUAUGAAUUGGUCUGCCAUUUGGUGCAUCUUAAUCUACAAUUUCUAAAUCAAUUUUGUGAUGCUGUGGCCAUUUUGUCGGCAAAUGAAUUCCUCAUAAAUUUCCUAAAUCAAGACUUUAAAAAUACCCAUGCUUUACGUAUUGCCAAUAACAUAUUGGCUUUGUUAUGUUGUGUGCUACGCGAAUUGCCGGAAAAUGCAGAAUUGGUAGAGAAAAUAAUAUUUUCACCGAAGGUGGAUCUAGGUCGUUUAAUGCAGAGCAAUAAUGAUUUGUUACGUUUAAGAAUUUGUAUGUUAUUACGUUUAUUGGGUAGAUAUAGUUUAAGAGCUCUCCAGGCGGCAUGGUCACCGGAAGUGCGGGAAGCCAUUGAGCAGUUAAGUGAAGAUAAUAAUGAGAAUGUUAAAGUGGAGGCUGGAAACACCAUGGAGGAAAUGUUCUUACCUGUCCGCCGGUUCUUCGUCCAACACUGGACCAACAUCCAGAGUAAUUGCCUUUAAAAACAAUCCAAUUUUUAUCUCCUUUUUCGUAUGGACGAAAACGUAUGCAAGUUUUGUCGUGAUACUCUUUAAGAGCUUUGAGAAUGGUCA